UCCUUGUAGUUAUAUCCUAUACUCAAAUGAAUGAAACUACUGAUGAACGUAAAAAAAGACUUAAUCGUGAAAGGCAACAACGUUACCAACAAAAAAAACGGUCUACUACUACUAAUGAAAAAAUAAUGGAGAUGCAAUUAGAAAAAAGAAAAAAUACUAUAACAAAAGAAAGUCAACUUGAAACCAUACCUUCAGUUCCAAUCUUAAAAGCACCUCAGAUGUGGUUAGAUGAAAGAACAGCAAAUUUAUCUAUAAAAUCUCCUGUUUUUACCACUUGCUGUGCAAAUGGCAAAGUUCUUCUUCCUCCUCUCCAGGAACCACCAUCCCAUUUAAAUUCACUUCUUACUGGAACUGAAUCACGUGCAUGCUUAUUUCAGCAAAAGAUUAAAAUGUAUAAUGCUGCAUUUACUUUCACAUCAAUGGGAGUAAAGAUUGAUCAACAAAUGAUUAAUACCAGUGGCAUUUAUACUUUUCGAAUUCAUGGAGAAAUAUAUCAUAGAAUAGGUACCUUACUUCCUGAUCCUAAUGCCAAUCCUCAAUUUGCUCAGAUAUACAUUUAUGAUACAAAUAAUGAGAUACAAAACAGAAUGAAUAUUAUACCUGAUCUAGAUCCAAUUAUUCUUGCAGAACUUCAACAAAUGUUACAUCAAGUAAAUCCAUAUGUCAAAAUAUUUCACCAAGCUAGAGACAUAUUUAAAAAUGAUCCAAUGAUAGAUUUGCGAAUGGUAAUUACAAAUAAUAGAACAAAAGACCCUCGACAUUAUAAUGUACCAAGUGCAGCCGAGGUUGCAAUUAUUAUGGCAGAAGAUGGACAAGAAACUAAUCCAAUGAAAAGAGAUAUAAUAUUACAAUCACAUAAAGGGGGAUUUCAACGAAUAUCAGAAAUACAUAAUUUAUACAUGCCACUUCAUUAUGUUCUCAUGUUUCCUAAAGGUGAAGAUGGAUGGCAUCCUUUUAUUCCU